AUGAUUUGGAAUUCCCUGCCAUUUGAAACAUUGUAUGCCUCUAUUCAAAAUAAUGCCUUUGACUCAACAGUAUUUCAAAAAGUUUUGAGUGACCUUCAGAAUUUAAAUUUAAAUGCCAAUAAAUCAAAAAAUCAAGAAAGUAGAUCAAUUCUAGAGAAAGGUAAAAUUAAAAUUAGUGAUGGGUCAGAAUACAAGUUAAGUCAAGAAUUCAUUGUUUCAGCUAUAAAAUUAUCCGAUGAACUAAAUUUAGAUGAAAUUGUUACUUGUGAAUUAAUGCUUUCGAAUUUAUCAGACUCAGACUAUUCUAAAAAUGAUAGCCUUUUAUUAAUUAAUAAUGGUAAGACAGCAUAUUAUUUGAGAAGACAAUAUAUACUGCAAAUUGUAUCUUAUAUUGUUAAUUGUCUAGAUCGAAAUGAUCAUAUUAUCAAUCAACUUAUUUUCAGUGAUUCCAAAUCAACUCUACUAUCCAAUAUCUUACCUGCAUUUACAUCAAUUCAUUGUCAGUUAAAUGAUAUUAAACAAAUGAUUAAUCGAGCACAAAUUUUAGAGCAGAAUGGCAUCCUUUUUAAUCAAACUAUUAAGUUCAGAAGAGAAUUUUUAUUAAAAGAAUAUGAUAUUCUUGGACAAAUUCUAUAUGGUUUAAUCAAAUUAGGAUGCUUUUUAGAUAAACAAUCUAUACUAAAUAUAAUAGAACAUGUUGUAAAAUUAGAUGUCAACGAUUAUUUCACAAUCUACUACUUACCGGCGUUAUUCUUAGCAUUCAAUAAUUUAGAAACUUUUAGCAAAGAAUCGGAAGUUAAAGAUCUGUAUUUACUAUUUGUGAAAGAUUUAAAAUCCGAUGAUGAUAUUUCCUUAAAGCCAAUCAAAGUUUUAUUGAUUUUUGUAUUUUUGACAUUUUUUAUUUCAUGGUGUAAAGCAAAACCUAAUGAAAGAACGAAAUCAUUAGAUUUUAAAACCGAUAUUGAUGAACCUAUGAGAUUGGCUGUUGAAUACGGUGCUUUUGAACAACUGUUAACCAUUACAGCAGACACUUCUUUAAUUGAAAAAGAUAAGAGUAUUGAUCUGUACUACGAUAUUAGAAGCCUUUUGCAAAGACAUAUUCCAAAAUUAAUUCCAAAACAAUUAUUAGAUGAUGAAAGUUAUUAUGAUAAAAGUUUCAAACAAAAUGAGAUAAUGAAUAUAAACCACACUGACAUAAAUAUAAAUAAACCAUUAGCAAAUACUACAACAGUAAAUAAUAUAUUUUCUAAGGUUGAUAUAACAGCCAAUCAAUACUCUCCUGAAAACAUUCAGUUGUCGGAACAAAUGGAUUCUUUCUUUUUAUUUAGUACCCAUAAUGUACUUCAAACAAUUAUCAGUGAUUGUGCAUUCCUUUUAACAAAGAUUAAGGAUGCUGAAGAGGACUCAUUACUUUCUAGUGAAGAUCUAGAUUUAGAUAUUAUUUGUGAAAAAGCUGAGUUGGAAAGGUUUUUUAUUGCACUAUAUUUCUUCUAUACUUUAAGACCAGAAUACUCAAAGGAGUUUUUAGAGAAUAAAGAAUCUAAUUCCUAUGGAUUUAUUGAAUGGGCAGCCAAAUGUUCGGAUAGUCUUAUGAGAUCAUGUUUUUAUUUGUUGAUAUCAAGUCUUUCACAUGGUUAUGACAAUGCAACACAGAUAUUUAAUUAUUUCGGUGACAAUAAUAUAAUAUCUUGGAAAAUAAUUGUUCAGUAUUUUACAGAUUAUAUUGAAAAAAUCAACAAGUUUAAUAAUUUAGAACAGCAAAGGAACCAAAACUUAGAAUCAGCUGAGAUAGAUUCUUUGACACUAGCCCUUGAAGUAGGUCUGAAUGAGGAAUCAAAUAUAUUGUUAUCAUCUCUAUUAACAUUAAUUAGUUCGGUAGCACAUAACGUCGAUAAUUCCAUUAGAUCAUCUUUAGCAUCUUUAUUUAUUGACAAAUUAUUUGAAUUUUCUAGACUGGAUACACCUCUAAUAGGCGCAUGCCUUAAGACCUUGAGUAAUUUGACUCCAAGAGAAACAAAGGAGAAAGCAAAAUUUUGGUUUGCUUUGGACUCCAUGAUAUUUAAAAGAUCAAAAAUUAAUAAUUAUACAACUUCAUACAUUGCUCCAUUCUCGUCUACUUUUACAAAUUUUACUGAGAUUCUCGGGUUUUUACACUUGUUUAGAAAACUAAUCCAAAAUAAUCAAAGUGAUGAUAAUUCGUUUGGUAAGUUAGAAUUUCCAGUAAAAUUGGGUCAUGGUUAUAGAAAAGUUGGUAUUGUUCCAUAUUUUGAUUUUAUAAUACAUCAAAUUUUUGUUCCUUCUUUAAAAAUAAUAGAUAAAACCUAUAAAGAGGGUAUUCUGCUUCCUAUUUUAGAAACAUUUAAAUAUGCACUGGAAUCAUUUGACAAUUAUAUUAUUAUGAACUCCUCUACCAUAAAUAUUAACCUUGACAAGUUAGUUGUUACAUCAGAUUUUUUUACCUAUGUUCAAGAAUCUCCUGCUACUGUUGUCUUAAAUUAUUUAUUAGAGGAAUCAGUAUAUAAGGGAUUAUUUGAUAUUCUUCGAUCCGAUAAAGGAGAUUCAUUUUUUGAAUCUAACGUACCAUAUUCAUCAAUGAAAUUAAUAGAUUAUGUGUUAAAUAUCAUAUACAAUAUUUUAGAAUUCCAAGAUACCUAUAUUGAAGAAUUAGUUCCAAUUGUAAAAAAGUAUCACAAUACAGAUUAUGUACUUCCUAAAGAAUUUGGUACACACGGGUUACGUUCUUUCUACGAUGCAGUUUUUUUUAACUUAGAUAUAAUUGCUCAUUUGGGACUUUAUGUUGGAUAUAAAAAUUAUAGUAUCUCAUCUAAAUCAGUUGCCAUCCUCAAUAAAAUUGCUAUGAAAUACACAUAUAAGUCAUCCCAAGUAUAUAAUCAAAGCAAAUUGUUGGUAAUGCUGGAUGCAGUUGAUGAAUCUGCCAAAAUAAAGGACUCAUUUAUUUUCCAAUUAGAAUCUACCAUUGACUCAGAAGAUGCACUAAAUAUGAAGAUUGAAAUUUUGGAAUUUUUAAACCACAAUUUAUCUUAUACUGACUCGUCAAUUACUGUAUCACAUUUUCUUUUGGGUUUUCAUGUAUCUAACAUAUUAUCUCUUGGUCCUAAUUUUCCCACAUUUAUUGCAUCUGGAACUUCAUUAUUUAGGACUAUCUUAUAUGUCCUACAAACAUCAUUAGAAGAAAUAGACUCUGCUAACGUAAGUUAUGCUCCAAUGAGAUUGGCAUGCAUUUGCAUGGAAAUAUUGCUAAAGCUAUGUCGUAAUCCAACAACUUCACGAAUUGUUUUAGAUGUAUUAUUACAAUAUGGUUUCUUUGAAACUAUUGUAGGUGUUGAUUUAUCUAUUACAAAGUACACUAGAUGGGAGAGUCAAUUAUUCCAACCUUCUUCUGUUGAUUUUGCCAAUAAAUUUAUUAAUUCGCCAUCUAUCGGUGCGUUAUUCUCAUUUUUAAGUUACAGAAAUUAUUUGAUUCAAUAUUUAAGUUUAUUUAUCCAUAGAGUGUCAUCUUUUGGUACUAGUUCACAACUUCUUUCCUAUAUUGAUUUAUUAAUUUCUAACACAAUGUAUUCAGCCAAAAUAUUUUCCUUUUUAAAUAGUCUAGGUUAUAAGAAUAUUAAAAUUGAUAGAAAUUUAGCUGGUGUUGAUUCAUACCUAUCUGAAUUAUCAAUCGAUUUAACAACAAUCAAAUUAGCAAAAAGGUGUAAUGAGAAUGUAUUUGAAAUGGACAACAUAGACAGACUGUUGUCCUUGGGAAAUCAAUCACAACAACUAUCUUCUACAAAAUCUAACUUAACAUCAACAAAUAAAGAGGAAAAAAAUACUGGUAUAUACAAUGAAAGUUAUAGAAACCUAAGACAGCAUAUUAUUACUUUUGUUAGUGAUUCAAAGCUAAACGAUCUGCAAUUUUCCAUUUUGCACUCAUGGGCUCAGUUGGUUCAAAUAUUGGUUUCUGAUGGAAAAUUGGGACCACUGAAACGUUCAAACUUUAUCCUCGAAAUAUUUAGCAUCAUAAUUCCCAAAAUUAAUGAUUAUGUCGAGUUUGAUAUUCGUUUAUCCGAAGAUCUAGUAUCAUUAGUAGUAUUUUUGUAUGAUAUCUAUAAUCAAGAUCGUCUUACAAUUAAUCAAAAAGACUUAUUAGAUGGUCGCCUGCAAAACUUAUUCAAAGUCUGUAUUCAUGGCAUCACAUCGCCAUUAUCAUCCAUACCUUUAAGAGCUGACUUUUAUGUUCUUGCUAACCAAUAUUUAAUUAGGGUGUUAAACGAUCAAACAUUUGCAGGUGAUAUUUUACAGAGUCUAAGAGUUCAGAGUGAAAGAUUUGUGGAAGUUAUUUGUAAUGAUAUUAUUUACGGGGAGGGUACGAGUCGUAUUACUGCAUUAUUUUUAUUAGAUUCAUUGAUUAAAGUUGCUAAGUCCAAUAAAGAAAAUAUUAUUGUAGAUUCCUUAAUAAAGAAUAGUCAACUUCAUUUAAUUAUUUGUACAUUAAAGAAUGUCGAUGUUUUAAUGGGUUCAAAAGCGGAGCCAAUUGAGAUUGAUAACUUCCUACAUGAAAUUACUGCUUUUAAAGCUAUUAUUUAUCUUCUUUUGCAUAUUUCUGAAACAAAAAAUGGUGUCAAAUGUAUCAUUCAAAAUAAGCUUCUCAAAGUAAUAGGAGAGAUCAAAUUUUUGCAAGUAGAUCCUGAUUUAGGACUAAGGGUUAUAGCAGAGAAUAAAUCCUUGCAGAAAUCAGGUAUUGUGGAAAUUACUCUGGAUGAAAGAAAACUAAGAAUAUAUUCUAAUAAUAAUAUUUCUUUAAAAGAACUACUUAUUCCAAUCUUUCAAUUGUUAGUUGUUAUAUUAAUAAAUGCAGGCAACCAAAAUUACGAAGUGAUCAGAUCUGUAAGAGUAUUAUUGGCUUCUUUCGAGAAGCUAUUAAUAAGUGUAUUUAAAUAUGACACUCUAGAGGAAACAGAGACUAUAAGACAAGAACAGUCUCCAGGGGAGUUAAUUAAGCUAAUUGUAUUAUUAUGUUCAAUGACCGGCUAUUAUGGUGAAAAAAAUAUCUAA